AUGAAGAGUCUCACGUUAGCUUUCAUUGCGAUCUGCAUGAUCGCCGUGCUGGUGCACUCGGCGGAAGGAAAUGAUCAUCGCGGUCGCCAGGGCGUAGAUGGAGUCCGUGCCAGGUCUCGUGGCUUCAACACCGAAGGUGGAGCUCCUCCGAGGGGCCCCCCUGGACACCCACCACCACCACCCGGCGCACCUGGCGCACCCGGUCAGCCCGGACAGCCCGGACAGCCGGGCCAGCCUCCAGCCAUGGCUCAGAGACCCGGAGGAGCAUCGGCAUCUGGAGAAAACAGCUCCGCAUAA